CUUUUUUUCCACCUCUUUUAUUGAGACCAGCCACGACCCUCUCCAAGAAAUUCAGAAAGGGCAGGGCCAUCCAUCCAUGCAACCUCGCUUCUUUCUUCCUUCCUUUCCCUCCCUCAGAAUUUUUCAUAGCGCACUUUCAUGCAAUUUGGAUUUCAUCCUUAAUCGUUCCCUUUCCUCCUUCAUUACGUGAUUUAUUAGUGAAAAGAGGUGAUCAUCGUCGUCUUGGUUGUAAAAAUAAAAAAAAAAUCUUACGCGAUGAACUUCCGCUCCUCCGUAAUGAGGCCAAAUGUGGCGGCAAUUAUAGCCAUAGUAGCGUGUUUGUCGACGAGCAGCUUCAUUUCCGUGAAGGCUCAUUUCGAUUACAAGGACGCCUUAACCAAGUCCAUCAUCUUCUUGGAAGCUCAGAGAUCAGGAAAGCUUCCUUCAAACAACCGCGUGCCGUGGCGAGGAGACUCCGCCCUAGACGACGGUAAAGUUGUAAAUGUGGACCUAGUGGGCGGUUACUACGACGCCGGGGACAACGUGAAGUACGGGCUGCCGAUGGCGUUCACGGUGACGACCCUAGCCAUGAACGCGGUGUUCUACGAGAAGGAGCUGGAAUCGACGGGGGAAAUGCAACACGUGCUCGAUGCUAUCAAAUGGGGGACCGAUUUCUUCCUCAAGGCCAGCAACAAGCGCGACUGCCUCUACGUCCAGGUCGGGGACCCGGUCCUGGACCACGAGUGUUGGGCCCGGCCCGAGACCAUGAAGACACCCCGGCCCGUACUCAAGAUCGACGCGAGUGGGCCCGGUACCGAGAUUGCCGCCGAGGCGGCCGCUGCCUUUGCUUCUUCCUCCAUGGUUUUCAGAAACUGCAACAAGACCUACUCUCGCCUCCUCCUCAACAAGGCCAAAUCCAUGUUCCAAUUUGCCAAAGCGCACAAGGCAACUUUCGACGGUGAAUGCCCCUUCUAUUGCUCUUUCUCAGGCUACAAUCUAUUCUACGAAGGGGAGAAGAGCAUGGAGCAGUACAAAACCCAAGCAGAAAGCUACGUCUGCUCCAACCUGCCACAGAGCCCGUACCACCAAGUCUACAUAACCCCCGGCGGCAUGAUCCACCUCCGCGACGGCGCCAACUCACAGUACGUGACCGGAACGGCGGCGCUCUUCUCCAUCUACAGCGACAUCCUGAAGACGAACAACCAGAAGGUGUGCUGCGGGAGCCAGCAGUUCGACUCCGAGGCCCUCAUGGGCUUCGCCAGGCAGCAGAUGGACUACAUCCUGGGCGCCAACCCGGAGAAGCGCUCCUACAUGGUGGGCUUCGGCGCCAACCCGCCGGUCCAGGCCCACCACCGCGGCGCGUCCAUCCCUUGCACCGCUCCCGACACCGUCAGCUGCCCCAUGAGCUUCGUCCAGUACUUCAACAAGGACGCGCCCAACCCGAACGUGCUCACCGGCGCCAUCCUCGGCGGGCCCGACAAGAACGACGUGUUCCAUGAUAAGAGGUGGGAGUCGGUGUUUACCGAGCCGUGUACCUAUGUCAACUCCCUCGCCGUCGGGGUGCUCGCCAAGCUCGCUGCUUGCCCAACGAAUCAGUGAUGAUUGUCAUUGUCAAGACUCAAGAGUCCCCUUUUUCCUUAAGUUCGUGUGCCAAAACGUCGUCGUUUGUUUUAUCAUUUAAUUAUUGUUGUUUCUUCUACUUAUUCCGACUUGUUUUUUU